GCUGUGCUGCUUCUGUUUGGUUGGCUAGUUCGUCCCAAUUUCCGAGUCAAAGGGUUGCGGAGCAGCAACUCUCACGAUAUUUGCUGCGGCCCGCAGACGCUAGACGCUGCCGGGUUCUGGCGCGCCUUUCAGUUCUGCUUGUGGCCGGCACCGCUGUGUUACCCGGAGCUGCCGGUCUGAGCAGCAUGACGUCCGCUUUGGAGAACUACAUCAACCGAACUGUUGCUGUUAUUACAUCAGAUGGGAGAAUGAUUGUGGGAACACUGAAAGGUUUUGACCAGACCAUUAAUUUGAUUUUGGAUGAAAGCCAUGAGCGAGUAUUCAGCUCUUCACAGGGGGUAGAGCAAGUGGUACUAGGAUUAUACAUUGUAAGAGGUGACAACGUUGCAGUCAUUGGAGAAAUUGAUGAAGAAACAGAUUCUGCGCUUGAUUUGGGGAAUAUUCGAGCAGAGCCUUUAAAUUCUGUAGCACACUGAGGAAAAACUACAUAUUUGGACAUCUGUAAAUCUUUGUACAGAAACUGAUUAUUCUGAGGAUGAUAUAUGGAAUUUUUAUGAAUGUGUAACUGGAUUUUGACUCCUUGUUGAUUCAUUGUAGUAUGUAAAUUAAAAUCUUUCUACAUUUUAUUGAAAAAACCCUUUUUUUUUUUUUUUUUGCCUAAAUAUAAGUUUGGUAGCUUGGUUUCUUUUUUUUUUUAUUAGUGUGAAAAUAUACUGGUCAUUUUGAAAAAUUUUAGCCAAAAGUAGUACUUUUUGAUACUUUAGUAUUUAUGGAAACUAGUGGAAAAGAAAUUUGGGUGCUAUAUAAAUCAGGCAUUCAAAUAACAGUAGUAGUACAGGAUAUGUGUGUUUUCUUUCCCUGAUAUUUAGGAAAAUCACAGGAGGGUAAAUCUUUCCUGGAGUUAUCUGAAUCAUCGGCAUUUAUCCAAUUCCACUGGUGGUGUUUUGCUAGUGCUUCUAAAAGUUGCUCCCUAGCACUUUGACCUGUGGGUAGGUAAAAAUGUGUUCGCUUGUGAAAAGCAAAAAUGCUGACAAGGUUUUAAUAGAUUGGCCCAAAAUUCCAACUUGAACAUUAAGAAUGACUAGCAAUGGUAGAAUUGACAGAGAUGAUUGGUAAAGUCUCUUGAUGCCCAAUUGAUUAGGUGUGAAAGUAAUAUGAACACAUUAAUGUUGAAUUUCACAGACAGUAUAUUAUCUGAAAACAAUUGAUUCCGUGUAGUCUUCAAUUUUUAAUUUUUAAGAAUUGGAGAAUUUCUAAUAUUAAUGUUUUUAUAAAUGUGAGUAAAUGUAGUGCUAGCUAUUAUUGUCAACAAUUUUACAUGAUUCAUUAUCCAUAAACCUGAUUUCAGAAGACGUCAACUUAGUUUUUUAAAUAAUUGAUAGAAACAGUGCUGUAAGUAGUGUUCAGAUAUCCAGGCUAGUCCACAAAAUUUCUGAUCAACUUAUGUAUAGGCCAAAGUGUGUAUCUUUGUGAUGAGAAGAAAAUAGAAAAAUAUUUACAUCCUUGUACUUGAAACAAAGUUAAAUAGUUUCUUUGUUUUGUUUUUAUGAAAGUGCUUAAAAAUAGUGGUUGGCAAACUUUUUCUAUGAAGAUCCAGAUGGUAAGUCUUUUAGACUUUGAAGGCCAUAUGGUCUCUGUUACAGCUACUCACCUUGGUUAUUGUGGCAUACAAAUGACGAUAGAUAAUACAUAAAUGAAUAGUGGCUGUCUUCCAGUAAAACUUCAUUUAUAAAAAUGGAGGUGGGGGCUGGAUUGAGCUUGAAGGCAUAGUUGCUGACCCUUGGUUUAAACAAUACAAGUUCAAUAAAAAAUGAACAAUUUGUAUAAAUUCUGGAAUAAAUCCUUAUAGAGAGUUUAGAGGUGGGUUUCAUUAUGUUUUAAAACAGUUUAAACUCCAUACUUAUUAAACAUAAUAGCUUUUUGGGGGAGGAAAUAUCUUCACUCAGAUCAGCCUUGUAAGGGGAAAAGCACUAUUCCCUAGAAUUAUUUGGUUAAUGUUAAGUGCUGUCUCUGGGAGGAUUAGAGAAGUUAGCUAAUAUUGGCUAUUCAUAAAUGUUUGGCUUUUGUAGUAUAAUGUUUUAUAAUCAAUUUAUUAAUAAAAUGGAAAGUGGGAAGGCAAACUGGCAAAUUUAGGGACUGAAUGAAAUAGUAUAUGGCAUUUUUAAUUGGUAAAGUAAUUCCAAAAAUUAAAUAAGAAUAUGCAUCAUUCAAUUGCUAAGAAAAAUGCAUUCUAACGGUACAAAUGAAGUCCAGAGUCAGAUCUUUUCUCAAAAUACUUGGCAUAUCAACACAAAUUACACAUAAACAAGUAAAUAAAAACCAGUCCUGUCCCUCAUGUUAAUGAGUUUCUAAUGUGAUGUACUCUUGGCUCUCUGAAACACGUUAUAAAGCUGUAUUUUCCUGAUUGAUGUUGGAAAAAGCAUUCCCAAAAUGUGAAUUAUUGUUUUUAUGAAUAGUUAUGGAGAAUGUGAAUGAUAAUAUGCCAGAUGAUCUAUGUAAUUCUUUAUUCCUGGAUACAUGUACAUGGUGAACUUUUUAUGCUCAUGACUGAUUAAAAUUGGAUUUAUUUUUGCAUGAGAAUUGUAAGGGAGCCACAACCAUGAGUAGUAACAUAAUUAAUAUACAGUGUCAAGAUAAUGAGACAUUUAUUCUAUAACCAGUUUUUAUUUAUAAAGAGGCUCAAAUCAAUUUCAACCUGUAAUUACCUUUGUGCUUUGUGACUCGGGCACAAUCUAAACCCAGCUUGAUGAAUCAAAGAGAUGUUUCUUGGCAAGAUAUUUUCAUUAAAGUUAUUUGGAAAGGGCAACUAACUGCAAAAAGAACUUUUUUUUUUUUUUGACUGACAAGAUACUAUCUAAAAUAAUAGUUUAAAAUAACAUUGCUUUUAGGUCAAAGCACUUUGAUAACUUGGCCUCACAUGCUGACAGUUUUGGCUUAAAUAUUACAAAUCUUGAUCCCAGAAGAACAAGAGAGAAAGUUUUACUAAUAUUUGCUUAAACAUCCUGUUUAACAUCCUUCCUAAUUUUUAAGCUAAUAAUGUGAGAUAUAAGUAUGAUAAAAACAACUUUUGAAUGUUAUUUAAUGCAAAUACAGAAUAACGAUGUCAACAUUUUCCUCAGCCAUGUAACCUAAGAUUCAUCAUGUGAAUGAGAAAGUAAAGUCCCUUUAUAAUGGCAUGUGAACAGACAGUUUAGUAGCCAGGGUUGUAAAGCAACUCUUAACUGACAAUAUAGUAUAUUCUGGGCCUUCAUCUUCAAAAUUAGUAGGUAGCAUUUAUUGAGUGCAUAUCAUGUGCCAAGCCUGAUGCUGAGUGCUUACAGUGAUCAUUUUAUAUAUGGGAAAAUUGAGGCUCAGCAGGGUCAAGUGCCUUAUAAGAGGUAGCACUAGUAAGUAACAGUGCUCAAAUUCAACUAGGUCUUUCAGCUCUUCAUACAAUACUGCCUGUUAUCAGAAAGUAUAGUCUCAAAAUCUGCUAUCAAGCAUCUAUCAGAAGCCUGAUGAGAAAUAUUCAGAUCUAACACAGUUCCCAAACCUGCAUUGUGGGUCAUCUUCAUUGUAAUUAGCUAAGGUGCUCUAAAAAUUUUCUUGGGCCCUACACAACUCGUUGUGGUUCAGCAGCUGUGCAAUGGAGGAAAAAGGAAUAGUCACUAAACAGCGAAGGAAAGCGUGGUGGAAUUAUUAAAAGACCUAGCACUUACGUGCUAGGAUGAGUGUCUAACCCCACAGAAUUGAAUUCAAACACAGGAUCUUAUUCAAGAUAAGGAUAAUGACAUCUAUCUUUUGGGGUUGUAAAAAGUAACAUUAGGCUGCAUUUUAAACAUUUGGUAUGAUUUUGAGGACAUAACAGUAAACAGCUAUUUAAUACUAUUCCAGGUAGUCAAAGGCCCAAUGUAUAAAAGUUACAAAUACAGGUCUUCUCAGCUUAGCUUUUUAAGUAUCUGUCCCACUGACUACCAUAUCUCUACAAGAGAACAGAUGAAGAAUUCAGGUUGUGUGGGAAGUAUGUAUAAGUUUACACCAUUUUAACUAAUGUACAAUAAAAUUUGUUUCUAUGUCAGC